AUGUCCGACCGACCAAACAUCAUUUUCAUCAUCACCGAUCAACAGCGAUUCGACACCAUCGCUGAACUCGGUUUUCCUUAUAUGGAAACUCCCAACCUGGAUCGCCUGGUGCGGGAAGGAACGACGCUGACGAAUUGUCAUGUCACAGCAGCCAGUUGUGCGCCGAGUCGGGCUUCUCUGUUCACGGGAUAUUACCCUCACACGACUGGGGUCCUGAAGAAUGCCGACCUCUGGCGGCACUCCUGGAUUGAGCAGUUGAAUGAGUCAGGUUAUCGCUGCGUCAAUAUCGGGAAGAUGCACAGCUACCCUUAUCACACGCCGCUUGGUUUCCAUGAGCGGUACGUGGUCGAGAACAAAGACCGUUACCUCGAAGAGCGGUACUACUUCGAUGAAUGGGACAAAGCGCUCAGGGCCCGAGGCUUGGUCAAGCAGCAGCGAGAGUUCUAUCGGAAACGUGAUGACUACAAAAAGGCACUCGGUGCCUUCGACUGGGAGUUGCCCGAAGAUUUGCAUUCCGACAUGUUCGUCGGGGAAAUGGCGAAGUGGUGGAUUGAUUCGUACCCGCAGACGCAACCACUCUUCCUCGAAAUCGGUUUUCCGGGGCCGCAUCCCCCUUAUGAUCCGACUCCUGAAUAUGCAGCGAAAUACAUCGAUAAGGAACUCCCGCUGCUGGAAGUGACACAAGAGGAGUUAGACAAGCAGCCCGCUGCGCUGAAGGAGCUUCGACAGCACAAUAAUGAAAUUGAUCAUGAUUCGGUUGUUCUCGAUCUUGACCCAAGUGAAGAGCAACGGCAUCGACAGCGAGCCUACUAUCUGGCGAACGUCACGAUGAUCGAUCAGAAGGUUGGUGAGAUUCUGGAAGCCCUCGACAAGAAGGGCUAUCUCGAAAAUUCGGUUGUCAUUUUCACUUCUGAUCAUGGCGACUGUUUAACGGAUCAUGGGCAUUCACAGAAAUGGACCAUGUACGACAUCAUUACCAAAAUGCCAACGAUCGUCUGGUCACCGGGAAGAUUCGAAGCAGGACGAAAGUUCGAUGGUCUUUGCAGCCAGUUCGAUCUGGGGCCUGCCAUUCUGGAAUUAGCCGGCAUCGAACCACCCGCCGACAUGGAAGCCAAGUCUCUGCUCCCAGCUCUAGAAGGGAAAGAAUGGGAAGAACGUGAAUACGUCUUCGCUGAGCAAGCGAAAGAUGGCAUUCUGACCGGGACCGAUUUCAUGACCAUGGUCCGCAGCCGCGACUGGAAACUGGUCCACUUCCUCGAUCAGCCAGACGGCCAACUCUUUGACCUCAAUGAAGAUCCAGAUGAAGUGAAUAACCUGUGGGAUUCAGCAGAGCAUCAGGAGAAGAAACGGGAAAUGCUUGAUGUGCUUCGCGAAUGGAGAAUGCGGAGCCAGCUAGAAUCGAAGGACCUGUUCGCGGAGUAUCGGUGA